AUGUCUUAUUUAUGGUUGGACUCCUCCCAUGCCAAGAAUAGCUCUUAUAUUUUUGGGCAAUCCAGUAUUGAACUUUGCUGUGGCCUUGUUUAUGCCACCAAAGUGGCUGUCGAGGACCACCGGCUAGAUCAAAUGGUCGUGGCUUCCGCUUUACCAUGUUCUGAAUUUAGAAACGAAUUUCAAGCAAGUCCCAAUUAUGGAAAGCAGUCGUCCAACAGAAUCCUGCCAUCAUGGAAGCGGUUGCCGGUUGCUGGUACCUUGACUUGUGUUGAAAAUGAUGAUAAAGCCGCAACUAGCAAUGAUCUCAUAUGUAUAUGCGACGGCUUAGAUUGCGCCCUAGAUGAGAGUAGCGAAGUUGUCGUUUCAAUUGAUUGUGAGGAGGGCGAGACAGGAAAGUUUUUGUGUGUAUCUGGAGGUCAUUUCUCUGGCAUCGAUAGCUUUCCUGACAAGAAGAAACGUGAUGGCAUCCCAAAUAUCACCAACCAAAACGAGACCAGCGAAGCAUCUCUCAAAACACGUCGAGGUUUUAGCUUCAUUCGGGGACUUUGCGAAUUUUUCACUGGUGACAGUGAUAAAUGCGAUAAAUUCUUCGAGAAACGCGAUUUGGCCUCUGCAACCAGUUCUGGUCAGUAUACAAACCAGUGA